AAAAUGGCUUUUGUAAACCCAUUAAACAAAAAUGUGAGCAAACGUUGCUUAGAAGGGAUUAUUUUAAUGAAGGAUCGAAAGGGUAAUCUACAUUUAGAUGAGAGAAAGGUUGUGAAAGCCUCUCUAUGAAAAAUCCAACUCCAGGUUAAAACCCUGAGCGUUUGCCAAUGUUACACUCAGUUUAUACUUUUUCCUUCUCCGUAUUUCCUUCAGCCUUGAAAUAGGUUGGAGAAGAUAAGAUAAAGAUAAGAUAAAAACUUUAUUAACGUAUCGGGUAGAUCUUGCUUACAUUUACGUAAACUAAUUGUGGACACCUAACUAAUAGUGAAUUAAAAGUUAAGUAUUACGAUUAAAAUCCGAAAUCCUAUAAGUCCCUCACUGUGGGAUGCUUGAAAAAUGUUCCAGACAACUGUACUAUGACCAAAGUCGUCCGAUCUCUGUUCUGAAGCGUUCACGAGACUCAUACUUGGCUGAGGGACUGGGAAGUACACUACUCUCAACUCUGUAAUGGCGGACUGAUUGUCAUGUCUCAGGUACCUUCGAAGUCAAGGGGUGACGGAAGCGAUUUAGAAAACCAGAUUAUUUUACGUGUUCCUCAGGCAUAUGCCUCUCCAUUGCGCCUGGCAAUUCAAAACGGUUCACUGAAGGAUAGACUUUCAAUCGAACUUCAAGCUGACUUCAGACAUGCAACAGUCAGAUUUGAUGGAGCAGCCCUAUCAGCUAAAUUAGUGGAUCUGCCAUGUAUUAUAGAAUCUCACAAGACAGUGGACAAUAGGAGCCUUUACAAGACAGCAGACAUCUGUCAGAUGUUAGUUUGUUGUGAGGAUGAUAACCAAACAGAUGAUGAAGACAUUUCUCCCAAGAAGGAGUCUAAGAGAUUUAUUUGGAAUCACGGAAUUACUGGUCCACUGAAGAAUGUUCGCAAACGAAGAUUUCGAAAAACUGCAAAGAAAAAGAUUGUGGAGUCACCAGAAGUUGAAAAGGAGGUCAAGCGUUUGUUAAGGACUGAUUUGAGUGCCUCUCAUGUGAGUUUUGAGGUGUUACAAGACGAAGAGAAACAAGAUGAGAGUUUUGUAUCAGAUGCUGAUUUACUGAACACCUCAAUGCCUUCACCUCUAUCUUUAACACAAACUGAGGAGCAAGAUGGAGGUAGUGAAGAUGAGGACAGAAAUGAACUGUUUGCCAUUCUCCAGGAAGCCAGUAGUGAUGAGGAGCCAGAAGGUGAUGAGGAUGCUGUUGAUACACAGGAAGAUGACGCAGAUGAUUUAAAUGUUAAUGUAGACAUUGAAGAUGAUACAACUGAAUUAAAUGUUGGUGAAAACAAUUCUAAGUCCAAGAUACAAUCUGCAAGAGAGAAGCUUAUUGAGAUCAGGGCAACUAUAACAGAGCAGGAAACCAGGGUGAAAGAAGCUUCCAACUUAUUCCUCAAGCAACGAUUUGAGAAAGUUCUCGAAGAACUAAAAUCUAAGGAGAAGGAUCAAGAGCAGGAGCUUCAAAGAUUGGAGAGCCAAGUUUAAAAUUUUAUGGUCAGGCUAUAAAGGAGUAAGAUUUCCGCAUCAUUUUUGUGAAGUGUACCGUAUUUAGUCCAUAACAACAGUGACCACUGGCCUUUAUGAAUCCAAAGGACCUCUAACUUAAGUGGAUAUUUGUCAUGGAAAAGGACUGAAUUAUGUACAGUAACUUGGAAAAGGAUACAGGAACAGUUAGACCAAGCAAUGUUGGCCAAAACACUCUCUUUGAUUCCAGUAAAAGCCUGCAUUACUCAAAUGAUACAUUAGAGAAAUUAAAUGUUCUAUAAAGACACCAGUCAUAAAUUGCAUCAUUGUUAUAUCACAGUGACUGUGGGAUUCAGGAUGUAAUUUUCAAGAGAGAAAUAAAGUUAAGGUGGCAAUUUCAGUAAAUAAUGAUGAUAGUAACCACUUGAGCAAGAUAAUGUGAUCACUCUAUUGCCUAUUAGAUACAUUUGCAUAACACUCUCUUUCCAUUAGUUAUUUUACUUAUUUAUUCAACCUGGUUACGCUUUUUAGUUCCCAUUUCCCCAUGUAAUCAAUGGUUUUGUCUUGCAAGUCUUCUGUGCCUGUUUGGCAGGUUCUUUGUGAGAUGUACAAGAAAAACAGCAUUUUUUAAGACCAUCAGGUGUGAUUAAUGAAAUAAAUGAAUGACAAUUGCAUUGCC